UAUUUAAUAAGCCAGGAUAUACAAUGCAACCAUAGUAUAAAAAUAAAUGUUUCAAUAGGGAUGGCACAGUAAUGUAGCAAUAGCAAGACACUUAAAUAAAAGCUCCUCUAUUUGCAGGAAUAAUAGCCAAUGAUUAAAGAAAACGACAUUCAUUUAUAAUUGUGUGUGUAUUAAAUAGCAGGUCUGAUUGACCAUGAACACUCCUCCCCAUCAUGACCCACAACAGCCAGAUGUUUUCUUGAGGGGCACACAGACUCCUCCUUCAAGACCCCUACCUGCAUCCAAAAACUCAAAGAGAGUUUGUUUUCACAAGAGCGGAGACCCAUCGUUUUCGGGACACUGGGUAGUCAUCAACAGUCGCACGUUCAAGACGUUUGACGCUCUUCUGGACGCCCUUUCGAACAAAGUGCCUCUACCGUUUGGGGUACGCACCAUCACAACACCCAAAGGUACACGCGCUAUCCGGAGCUUAGACGAUCUGCAGCAUGGGGCCUCUUAUGUGUGCUCGGACCAAAGAAAGGUCAAACCCCUGAACCCUGAUAAGAUAAACCGGAGGCAUGUUCCCUGGAACAGCACCAGACCUACAAGCGCAGAACGUCACGGACGCAGAGGACUGAUCCGGCAGAUGGUCAGAAAGAAUGAAGCGGGCAGGAUGGCGAACAUGGCUGAAAGCUCGGUGACUGUGAGAACUCCGAAAAGGCUUGUGGUUUUUAAAAACAGGGAUCCCAGCUCUAAGCGCAUAGUUGUUUUGCAGAGGAGGACAGCUCCGACUUAUGAGGCUCUCUUGGAAUAUCUUUCCCAAGUGAUGCAAUUCCCUGUGGUCAAGCUAUACACCACUGAUGGCAGACGCGUUGAAGGUCUGCCCGCCCUGAUCCUGUGCUCUGGUGUCAUUGUAGCAGCUGGUAAUGAACCCUUUCAGCAGGCUAACUUCAAACUUCAUGCAUCCGCUCAACCCUCACGCUCAGUCAUAUCUGAAACCACGGGGUCUACAAAGAAACAGCCACCGGUUCAACAAAACUUAACUAGCAGUAGACCAAGAUCAAGAAAUUUCUCAUUAUCAUCCGAAAGAUAUUUCGUAAACCAGAUCAACAUGUCACUAAAUGAAAGUCGCUCCAGUGACGUGAAAAUGGGAUCGACGGUGAGCGUAAACAAUCAAGCACUAGAAUCAGAGGAGAUAAAGAACCGUGACUUAAUGACUGGAUUAGAGGAAAAGGAUUGCGUAAUUAUACCUUCAGAAGAUGAGAUUGAGAAAUCGUUUCGAGUGAACCAUGAUGGCAGCAUGACCGUGGAGAUGAAAGUGCGUCUCACUAUAAAACAAGAGGAGAUGAUUCGCUGGACCACCACAGUGAGCCGAGCCGGUGUUAAUAGCCAGAAGAUGGCAGCAUUUUCACAGCCAAUCUCAAACUACAACUCCGUAGAUAAUAAGGAUAAUAAUAACAACAGAACAAGAAAGUCAAAAUUUGACGGCUAUGAAUCUAAAGGUGUGAAUACACAAAUCUUUGAACCAAACAAAUUAAAUAAACAAGGAGAAUGUGGAAGUGUCAUCUAUGAGGCCUUCGAAAAAAAACAUAAAGCACGUUUCAGGAGACUGCCCACUCCAGGGCCUAGGCGUGUCCGAAGGAAAGAAACUUCAGUGGAGAAUAUAAAGAGGCCAUCACAAACCGAGGUUCAAAAAAGCACAGGUGGUGCAUACUCACAUAUAGAGCAUACAGCUGAAAGUGAGCUGUCGGAAGGGUACUGUGUUGUCAGUCAUAGCAGCUCUAGCAGUGCAAGACCUGUACCAAAAGCCAGGAAGAAAAAUCUGGGAAAAGUCAAGUGCAAAAAGACUCAUUCCUCUCUCUCAGGGAUGGCAGAGGUUCUUCAGUUGCACAACAAAGGAACGGAGAUUACGGAAACUAUAACGCAUAUUCAUCAGUCGCAGGAUACACGUGAAAACUCUACUGCAAAAUCCUGGGACGGUGAGGACGGCGGGUGUGAAUUGACGUCUCAAGAACAUAAAAAGCCUGCUGAAUCAAGGCCUCAAUCUUCACGCAAUGAUUGUGACACUGAUCUUAGAAAACAAUCUGUGAGUUCUGGUUCUGGUAAUGCUAGGAACAAUAAAUUGUUAUCUAUAGUAUCUAGCCAAUCAUGCUCUUCCCAAACAAUAAGCAACAAUGCAUCGUCUUGUAACGACUAUGAAAUUCAUGCUAGGUGUGAAACCUCAGAAAAAGGGGUGGAGACAUCAACUAAAGAGGACUUUCAAAAUAAAAUGACAGACAAGCGUGUGCUUCUAAGAAGCAUUGUAAAAGACAAAAAGCAAAACAGUACUACUGAGGACUUUUUUAAAAACCUAAAAUAUAACAAUUCUCCAGAAUCACAUAGAUGUACAGAAAGUGGUAGGCAAAAGGUUAAAAAGCGAUGGAAAAUUCAGUCACCGAAGAUAAAUGCAUUGCAUAGUAACUCGUUGAUGGACCAAGCUCAACGUCAUAGUGAUAUGCAAAGGCUUCUAAUGAAGGAACGAUUAGACAUGAUCCCAUCGUCACAUUCAGCACCUUUUAUUAUUCUAACAAAGCAAAGGUCUGGGAAUGGCAGCAUUAAAAAAACUGUAAAAAAGUGCAAGGAGUUGAGUGAAAGUGUUUCUACGCCAGUGCUCCAUUCAUCUCCCUGCAACGUGCACCAGUAUGUGAAAAACUGGUUGGAAAAAAUUCACCCUGAGUCAAUACCCUAUAUGGAUGAGUUAAACCCACAUGAAUCUAGAGCUAGAUUUCAGAUUGAAAGUGAUUUCUCUGACGUUUCAGAGAUGAUAUAUGAAUCUGAGGAAAACUCCGCCCCAAUGAAUAAGACAAUGUCUCGACAACCUGUAAAAAUUGGGUGUGAGGGAGAACCUGUGGAGACACAGCACCUGAGAAGAUCUAAAUCUAUGCCAAGUGUGAGAAUACACGCUCCUGAAAAGAAGAUUGGCGCAAGACAGGAUAAAUCUUUAGAGGAAUUGAUUUCCAAAUUGCCAGACACUGGAGGUAAUACAUCACCAAACACACAGCUGAACCAUAGGUCAGGUAUGAAACAAGUUUUGGAGCAGUUAUGUUCAUCUGUCCUGUUAUUUAGAAGAGCCUUUAGUGAUUCUCAUUUAUCAUCCUUGGAGAAGAUGAAGAAAUCCAGCAGCCUUCCUGACUUCUCCUCAAUGUUAUCCUCGGUUUUUGGCUCCCCAUCUAAGUCUCUUCUCUCCUUACUGACAGUGAUGACUUUGAGAGAUGGAAUCUUCAAUUAUGCCAAUAAGAAAUCAGGUUUUGCAAAAGCUAAUAACUCGAGCAGCAAUCCAGAGGCUCUGCAGGUCAUGCAAUCCAUCCAAAAUCUCACCAAAAUAGAGAAUGAAGAAGAGCUACAGUCCAGCCUGGUGAAUCUCCAUAGCUCAACUUCUGCUCAGUUAAAGAGGAGCUGGAGAGAUUUCCAAAAGACAAAUGAUAUCAAAAAAAGCCCCUGUAUAUCACCAAGACACUCAGAGUUUAACCGAGAAGAGGACGUUCAAGAUAAAGAGCGUAGUUUUGGCAUCAAAGAGGUAAUGGAUGAGCUAAACAUGUGUGAGGAUCUCCGCAGAGAGGUUUCUUUACUAGUUAGGAAUGAAUGGACUCGUUUUGGUAGAGCAAAACCAACUAAAGAGCAUUCUGGUCUUGAAAAAGAAACCACCAAUGUUGCUCGUGAGAACGUUGAUGAUCUGGGGAGCUUCUUAAAGGGAAAAGCAAGACAUUUAGAAAAGAAUCAAAGUCAAUCUGCUGAUAUUAUAACCACUAAGACUGCAUUAUUAUCAGCAGAAUCUGAAGACCUGCAGCUGCUCGAAUCAAGUCCCCAUAAUCCUGCACUUCUGAGUAAUGCGCUAGUAGUGGACGAAUCAGACUUGAAAACUGUCCAAAUUGAGGAUAUGAUUAACCAGAAAGGACUAGUUAUAGCAUAUAAAAGUGAACUUGUGGAUGAUGUUAAGACAAGCCAGGAAUGGGUUCUAGAAAAUGAACCAAACCAAGCAGAUCUAUGUGAAGAAAAAAAAAUGAUGGACAAUGUCCAUAUGAUUGAUGAAAGGAACACAGAGGAUGAGAUAAGCCAAGUUGAUGAGGUUCAGGCAUCAGAUUACAGCCUGGCUAAUCUGAAAGACAAAGUGAAAUGGGAAGAAGAUGCAAGCUGUAUGCAAUCAGAAUCUGAACUGCUUUCUCCCUCUUCAGGAACAGAGGCAAAAAAUGUCAGAUCAAACUCUGAGGUGAUUGUUAACCAUUGUAAAAGGGCAGAUUUUACAGAUAGUUUAGAAGGAUGUGGCGUAAAUGUAAAGGAGGAGCACAUCUACUGUGAAACCAGAGGAUGUCUUAAACAGCCGGAUGUCAUAUCAGUGGCUUCAGAAAUUGACACUGUAGAAGAACGCCACCCAAACAACGGCACUAUCCAAACAGAAGAGAAAGAUGCAAUGUAUAAUGAGUCAGCGGCAUCUGACUUUAGUGUAGAUGAAGCUGAUCCACAGAGUCAUAAUGAUAAUAACCAUAAUGAGAGUAACAAUGACCUUGAAGAAACAACGUGUAGCACGUCAAAAUGUGAAAAUCCAACUGCUGAACUACACCAUUCUUCGGCAUCCGAUCAAGAGAUUGAACGCUCCGACCACAAGUCACCGUCUUGCACAUGGCAUGAAUCAGAUCCUGAAUAUGAGCUCCAGAAAUCAGAGGAAGAAAAUGUGAAACACUUUUAUAACGCUAAACAUAAUGAUGAAGAAGCUGAUAGCAAUGAACAUUUUGAUGCAGAAUCAAACCCUCUUCUACAGCUGGAUCAAGAAGAUGAAUAUUUAGAGCCUUAUAAAGGUCAUGAAGUGGUAACUGAAAUCGAUCUCCAGACAUUGGAGGAGAAAAAUGUUAGUAAGAAUCUGACUCAUCCUGCUGAAGAGAAGGAUGAUGGGACAGACAAACAUGAUGGCAAUCAGAGCAAUGCACUGGAUACAGACAAAGACUUGGAUACUCAGUCACACCACUGUUUGGAAGGUGCUUCAUUCAGUGACUUUCUAAACUGGGAAUCGUGCAAAAGUGAGGAAAAACACAAAGCCCAGCAAGAUUCUUCAGGAAAAGAAGAAUCAGAUAUGGAUAACAAUGUCCACAUACUCAAUAAUCUUUGUCCAAACACAGUGUUCCCCCAGCAACUGCUGGAUUUUCUUAACUUAGCACUAAAGUCCUCUGCUCUGAUUUUCACUUAUGACCCAAAUGGCUUUCUACGAAUCGAGCCAGACAGAUGCAAACAAGGGGCAAUGUCUUCAUCCAAAAGUGAUGUGGACAAUCAUAAUGUUAGGGGAUGUCUUCCUAGCCCCAACACAUCUGACCUCUCUGAUUACAGGCCUGAUACAUCAGACAGUGGAGGAGACCUGCUACAGGAUUCUACAGAUCUUCUAACUGAGAGCGGAGAGGAUGAGGCAGAGAGACAGGUAAUUUACCGAAGCCAUAAAACUAAAACCCAGAAUGAUGGCUCCAAGAAACCUUAUUCUUUAAAACAAAUAGCUAGACCUGAUUUAAAAAUCCUCAACAGUCCUGCCUCUGUGGUUGACACUUCAGUUCAGGACCAAAUCUUCGGUAACUCUUCAGACUCCUUUGGAAAUUCUGAGCUUGCACAAUGUCCAGCCUUUAAUGCAAAGAAUGACUCUGGGGAAGGAAUCCUGAUAGACAAAGGGAGGUGGCUUCUUAAAGAAAACCACCUUAUUCGUAAAUCUCCCCCUGUUCCAAUGGGGAUGUAUGAAAAUGGGGAUACGACAUCGGUUGACACAGGUCAAGAGAACACAAGUGAAGAUGCACCUUACGCACCUUGUGGAAGAAAAACGGCCCCGCUAGCUGCAAGCUCCUCUUCUGAGCUGGAAGACAUGACCAAGCCGUCCACACCCAAGUGUACCUACUUCAAUAUGGUCCACAGUAGCGACUCUGACCCUUUAUUGGAUAACCAGAACAUUACCAGUAACAAAGGAAGAGGUUUCACUCGAAAAAGCAAGGAAGUGUCACCACUGGGAGAAACAUCGAAAACGCUACCAAAGAAAAAUGGAAGCCUGCCAUCUUUUACAUCUGUUGACUUUAAACUGGCCGCUGGGAAAGUCUAUCCAGAGGACAGCGGGGCAUCUAGUGUGGAGGGGGAAUCUGCAAGGUCUCCAAGCGUAAGGUGCAACACAGCACAUGAAGAAGAGCCGGUACAGAGUCUGAGUCUUAGAUGUGGACAGCAUUGCCCUAUACUUUAAACAACAACUUUAUAUGUUUUUUGCAUAUAAGUAACUGAGGUAUUGUGACUCUAUGGAGUCGCUUUAAUCAUACGAGAGUUUAACCCUCUCGGGUGCCUCCAUCAAUAGAGUUAAUUGGUAGUAAAACAUGACAGUCGAGUGUUUUCACCAAGCAGAUUGCACAAAUAAUUACACUUGAAAACCUAAACCUUUCUAAAGUGCUUUGGCUGGUGAAGCAUUUUCAUCUUUGAAUAAUUGUGAUUUCAAAUAAUCAUUAACAGCAAAAGGAACAAAUGGAAAUCUGAUAUUAAUAAUGUACUGUAAAUCUUACAAAUAAGACAUAAAAUAAAUGGUGGUACAACGAGCUGCUAAAAUCUUUUUGGACAUUGCAGUAAAGGUAUGUUUAUUGCAGAUCAUUUAUGUUUAUAUAAGCGUUUACAGCCUUUUUGUUUGUUUGUUUUUUUUUCAUUCUUGAACAUGUACUGUAUAUGCAUCCCUCAUCCUAUUUUGUAUUCGUAGGUGCAUUGAAUCGUACGAUGGAUGCGAAAACUUUAAUAAACAUUAGAGUUUUUCUCCA